AUUCCGAAUAUCUUCGUCAUGGACGUCAACGGGCCAUCCGCAGCUGCGGUCAUUGGGACCGAAUUCACAUUGAUUGGAGUUGCGGCUGCCUUGAUCGGUGCUCGAAUCUACCUGCGAUUGGUCAUUCAGGAUCUUCCCCUUAUCACGAGCGACAUUCUUGUCUGCGUCGCAUGGGUCUUUACUGUAGCAUCCGCUUCUUACGAUAUUGUCUUUCAUAAAAUGGGGGUAUUACAUUCGCACGUUGCCUACACCCUUGAAGGAUAUGACGGAACUCCCGAGGAUGUAGAACUGGUGUGGAAGUUGCAAUGGAGUGGCCAGUUUCCCUUCUUCACAGCCUUCUAUCUCUGCAAGGCGACACUUUUAAGCCUAUAUGCUCGUUUCUUCCCGAUUUUCAUGGAAACUCGCCGCAAGAUCUUGUGGUGAACCAUGGUUUAUUGCGGCUGUGCAUAUGUGACCAAUAUGCUCACGAUACUUCUGAUCUGUAGGCCAGUGCAAGGAAACUGGUCACAGGAUCCGGCAGUCGCGUGUAAUCCAAUAGUGUUCGCCCAAGUAUUCCAGAUCGCUUGGGCGUUGAACUUUGCCGCGGAUUUGAUGAGUAAAGUUUCCUUUACCAAGUCUAUCAAGCAGAGAAGCAUCUGUAACGUCUCACAC